UGUAUCCUCUUUCUUACUUCAUCACCAUGUGAUCCAUUUUCAGACAAUUUACACACUGUUAGCGACAACAUAAAGGAUCAACAGUUAGUGUGUGUCUAUGUGAGAGAGAAAGGGGGAAAAAAAAAAUAGAAUAUCCCAAAUCAUUUUAGUUGACACAGAUAUUUAUAAUAUGUUAUCUCUUUCUGUAUUUUGAAGAAAACAAAGAAAUGUGAGCCUAAUUAUUCUGGAUCUUUCUCGAUCUAAUUCUUGUUUUUGUUACUGAGGACAAAUCUGCUUUCUAGGUGAGCUAACUAGGGUUUAUUUAUUUUGGGGUUUUCAACAUAUGGAAAAUAAUUGAGCCACAAUACUGUGUUUGCAUGUAAAUGGGGUUUUCUUGAAAACAGGUUUUAUUGGUUUCUUGAACACAAAUUUUGGUACGAGUUUGAAUAUGGGCUUUUUGCUGUGAGGAGUGUAUAAAUUAAAGUUCAAAUACAGUUGCUCAUUUGCAUAAGCAUUUAAAUGAUAUGCAAUGUUUGGGCUGCAUUUCAAACUAUUGUGAGCAAAAGUCAGGCUUUGCGAAGCAUGGUAGGCUUCAGAAUUAAGGAGGUUGCCGUGCAAAGUUUCCAACCAACCAGUUUAAUUUAGUUCUUUGUGUUUUUGGGUUGUUGAUCUGGAUCUUCAUUUUGCUCCCAAAUUUUUGUGAUCAGGAAUAUGGCAACUCCAGUUGAGCCACCAAAUGGGGUUAGGACACCAGGGAAGCAUUACUAUUCUAUGUGGCAAUCCCUUUUUGAAAUUGAUACGAAAUAUGUACCUAUUAAGCCUAUUGGUCGAGGGGCGUAUGGAAUUGUUUGUUCUUCGGUUAACAGGGAAACCAAUGAGAAGGUUGCAAUCAAGAAAAUAAACAAUGCUUUUGAGAAUCGUGUUGAUGCUCUGAGAACGUUGCGUGAACUAAAGCUGCUUCGCCACCUUAGACAUGAGAAUGUGAUUGCUCUGAAAGAUGUGAUGAUGCCAAUCCACAGGCGAAGUUUCAAAGAUGUUUAUCUGGUUUAUGAACUGAUGGAUACAGAUUUACAUCAGAUAGUCAAAUCCUCUCAAACACUCACAAAUGAUCAUUGCCAGUAUUUCCUAUUCCAGUUGCUUCGAGGUCUGAAGUAUCUCCAUUCUGCAAAUAUUCUUCAUCGUGACUUGAAGCCCGGGAACCUGCUCAUCAAUGCUAACUGCGAUCUGAAAAUAUGCGACUUCGGGCUUGCACGCACGAGCAGCGGCAAGGACCAGUUUAUGACUGAAUAUGUUGUUACACGCUGGUAUAGGGCUCCAGAACUCCUCCUUUGCUGUGACAACUAUGGAACAUCUAUUGAUGUAUGGUCUGUUGGUUGCAUUUUUGCCGAGCUCUUAGGGAGGAAACCCGUAUUUCCAGGUACUGAAUGCCUUAACCAACUGAAAUUGAUUAUCAACAUCCUUGGCUGCCAGAGGGAAGAAGAUCUUGAAUUUAUUGACAAUCCAAAGGCGAGGAAAUACAUCAAAUCACUUCCGUACUCUCCUGGAACGCCAUUUUCCCGCCUCUAUCCGCAAGCUCAUCCUUUGGCCAUUGAUCUCCUACAGAGGAUGCUCGUGUUUGACCCUUCAAAAAGAAUUAGCGUUUUGGAAGCGCUUCAACACCCUUACAUGUCUCCUUUGUAUGAUCCGAACACGGACCCUCCCGCACAAGUUCCGAUCAAUCUUGACAUAGACGAGGACUUAGGGGAAGAGACGAUAAGGGAAAUGAUGUGGACGGAAAUACUUCAAUACCAUCCUGAUGCUGCCACAGCUGCUAUGGAAGUUGUUCUGUGAGCUCAUGUUAGAGAUAAUGUAGCUUUUUGUAACUUGUCUCAAAAAGUUUUUCUGCUUUCAAUAAAAAUCGAGUCUUGAUUCAUCGACAGUUUGAGCUGUGAUGCAUAAAAAGAACUGCUUAGUUGUAUAAGCUUGAACUUCUUGAGCAUGUAGUUCUUAAUCUGUAUAUAGGUGUGGUUUUGUACGUCUAAUUAAGGACCUUUAAGCUUUAUGAAUGUACUGACAGUUUUAAUUGUUGUACUGA